CUCUCUCUCUCUCGUCCAUCUCAUCCUUAUCAGACAAAAAACACACAAAAGUCUCUCUUUUCUCCGUCUAGAAUUUUUUUAACUCGUUUGGCCAAGACAUGGAGUGAAGAAAGAUACUAGCUAAUAGCUAUCACUCUCUCCGGAGUUUGAACACUAAACUAUACAAAUUUAAAAAAUCAAUCUCCUCCUCCUGACUCCUUUACCCACUAUUCCCACUCAGACCUGAGACCACAAACACACCAAAAGAUCGAUGAAUAAUCCUUAUCUCUUACCCUUGGCCUUCGCCUUAGCCUUCUCCUUCCUCACCCUUUCUCUCUGUGUUCCCAAUGAUACAGACGCACUCACACGUUUUCGCCUCCAGACCGAUGCCCACGGCCUGCUCGAGUCCAACUGGAGUGGCAGUAACGCCUGCGCAGCGUCGUGGCGUGGUGUCCGCUGCUCCUCAAACAACAGACGCGUCAUCGUUCUCUCCCUCCCUUCUCUUAACCUCCGCGGCCCACUUGACUCUCUGGCCCCGCUAGACCAGCUCCGCCUCCUCGACCUGCACAACAACCGCCUCAACGGAACCGUUUCUCCCCUCACCAACUGCACCAACCUCAAGCUUCUCUACCUCUCCCGCAACGAUCUCUCGGGUGAGAUCCCACCCGAUAUAUCCUCCAUUCAGCGUCUCCUCCGCCUCGACCUCUCCGACAACAAUCUGCGCGGCCCAAUUCCCAAAGAUUUGUCCCAGUUGAAUCGGCUUCUCACGCUUCGGUUGCAGAACAACGCCCUCUCUGGGACGGUUCCUGACCUCUCAGCCAGUCUGGUAAAUCUCAAUGAGCUGAACUUGACGAGCAAUGAGUUGUACGGACGUUUGCCUGACGGUUUACUGAGGAAAUUCGGCGACAAAAGUUUUUCAGGGAACGAAGGGCUAUGUGGGUCGAGCCCCUUGCCCGUUUGCUCGUUCACAGGGACUCCACCGGCGGUUGCUUCUACUCAGACCGUACCUUCGAACCCGAGCUCGUUGCCACAAGCGCCUGUGACUAGUCAAGGCAAAGGAGGAUCAAGGAAAGGGCUAGGCACAGGUGCUAUAGUGGCCAUUGUGAUAGCCAACUGCGUGGCGUUGUUGGUGGUGGUGUCGUUCAUCGUAGCGCAUUACUGCGCGAGAGACCGGAGCUUCUCGGGUUCGUUAGCGGGGAGCGAGAGUGGGAAGAGGAGGAGGAGUGCGAGUAGUUAUGGUGGGAGCGAGAAGAAGGUGUAUGCCAACAAUGGAGGCGGAGAUAGCAGCGAUGGGACUAACGCCACGGACCGGAGCAAGCUUGUGUUUUUCGAUAGGAAGAAGCAGUUUGAGCUCGAGGAUUUGCUCAGGGCGUCAGCAGAGAUGCUGGGGAAAGGGAGCUUGGGGACAGUGUAUAAGGCAGUACUCGAUGACGGGUGUACCAUGGCCGUGAAGCGUCUCAAGGACGCGAACCCCUGUGAGAGGAAGGAGUUUGAGCAGUAUAUGGAUGUGAUCGGGAAGCUCAAGCACCCAAAUAUCGUGAGGUUUAGAGCUUAUUACUAUGCCAAGGAGGAGAAGCUUCUUGUCUAUGAUUAUCUUCCAAAUGGGAGCUUGCAUUCACUUCUUCAUGGGAAUCGAGGUCCGGGGAGAAUUCCUUUGGAUUGGACUACAAGGAUCAGCUUGGUGCUAGGAGCGGCUCGAGGACUAGCUAAGAUUCACGAAGAGUACAGCGCCUCGAAAAUACCUCAUGGGAAUGUGAAAUCUUCGAAUGUGCUCCUUGAUAAGAACGGUGUUGCGUGCGUGUCUGAUUUUGGGCUGUCGUUGCUUCUAAACUCGGUUCAUGCCGUUGCAAGAUUGGGAGGAUACAGGGCUCCUGAACAAGCAGAAACCAAGAGGCUGUCUCAAAAGGCAGACGUGUACAGCUUUGGGGUCUUGUUGUUGGAAGUUCUGACAGGGAAAGCUCCAUCCCAGUACCCUUCACCAACUCGGCCACGCGUGGAUGAGGACGAACAGGGUGUAGACCUUCCCAAAUGGGUUCGAUCGGUUGUAAAAGAAGAGUGGACAGCUGAAGUAUUUGAUCAAGAACUCUUGAGGUAUAAGAACAUCGAGGAAGAACUUGUGUCCAUGCUCCAUGUGGGGUUGGCCUGUGUGGUGCCGCAGCCUGAGAAAAGGCCAACAAUGCUGGAAGUGGCAAAGAUGAUAGAGGACAUCAGGGUGGAGCAGUCUCCUCUUGGGGAGGAUUACGAUGAGUCGCGCAAUUCACUCUCACCUUCACUUGCCACCACUGAAGAUGGAUUGGCUUGACGAUGCUUAUGCUCUUUAAAAUUGCUUCAGUAUUUGCCAAAUGUUUCUAUGCUCGUUUAAAUUUGCAUUGUCUCGCUGCAAAUUCUGGCUGUUGCAGACUCUCUUGUCCAAUUUCUUUGUAAUAUUUGUAAGCUUCUAUGUUUUCCAAUGUUGCUGUUAGUGGAGAGCUCUGAUUGUCCAAGAUCCAUCAGGAUAGUUCUAUUUUGUUCCGUGUCAUGUAACUUUACUUUUGUUCGUCAUUUAUUUCCAAAGCUAGAGAAUCUCAACAAGUACGGUUGCUCUCCAAGCAGCCUUUUUU